AUGCGUCUGCCAUCUCUCCUCGUCUGCCUCGCGGCAGUCUCCCUGGCUCAGCCGACCCGCUUCUUCGACGAUAUCUACAAUUACUCAGAGAAUCUGGCUGAAUUCUACAGCAAAGUGAGCGAGCACAUCAAUAACGCCAAACAUCAGUCCAGCCCGUCCAUGGCUUGCAACCCGUCCGCAGUCACGCUACCCUCUUAUGCGUCUGGCCUCCCGAGUCCCACUGGCCUCUCACCAAUGUACGUUGCGCUUGGACGAGGCACACAGAACUACACCUGUGCAGACUCGACCGAGAAUUCCAUCCCGGUGUCCAUCGGCGCCCUCGCUAACCUGUACAACGCCACCUGCAUCGCAGCUAACUUCCCUGACCUGAUGGAGAUGCUGCCCAACAUCGCAUACAACAUUCCGCUGCCGGAUUUUGAGUACACCGCUCUCCCACCGGCCAACAUCGACCUGAUGGGCCACCACUUCUUCUACGACUCCACCACCCCGGAGUUCAACCUCGACACCUCCACCAGCAAGCAGUACGGCAUCGCCAUGACCAAGAAGCAGGAUUCGAUCAACCCGCCCUCGGAUGCGUUCAAGGGCGAGUAUGGAGCCGUUGUGUGGCUCUAUCUCUCUGCGACCACUGGUACGGUGGGCAACUACAAGAGUGUCUACCGGGUCAACACGGCUGGCGGCAACCCGCCCACGACGUGCAAAGGCAUGCCGUCUGCGUUUACCAUGCAAUACUCGGCCAACUACUACUUCUUUGGAUCAUCUUAG